AUGCUAUGUUAUCUUGUCGAAAAGUGUGAAGAAGGCUCUAAUCUCUGGGAAAAGGUCCCAGGCAUAAUUGCCAAGGAAUCGAUAACUGCUAAAGGUCUAAAGGAAGGCAAGAACUAUAAGUUCAGAGUCAAGGCAGAAAACAUGUAUGGUUUUGGCGAGCCACUGGAGAGUCAGAAGAUAACGGCCAAGAAUCCUUUUGACAAACCAGGAACACCUCAGGGACCAUUGGAAGCCAGUGAAAUCGAUGGGGAAUCACUCACUUUGAACUGGAAACCACCAGCAGACGAUGGAGGAGAGAACAUUGCCAACUAUAUUGUAGAAAAACGAAAGGCUGGAACCGGCAGAUGGCAGAAAGUAAGCAGCUUCUUGACCAAGCCCACUUGCCAGGUUAGAAACUUAGAGCCGGGCACCAAAUAUGAAUUCAGAGUUGCUGCUGAGAAUCCGCAAGGUGUUAGUGAAUACUUGGAGACAGAAACUCCGAUCCUGGCUAAAUUGCCUUAUGGUUAG